AUGGCCCCCGGUAUCAUUGAGCGCAUCCAACAAAAGAUUGAGCUCUUCCGUCUGGAGCAGCGCUACACCCGCCGUCGCCAUCGCCGAUCUACCUUUAUGUCCAACGCCGUCUACGUCGAUGGCGAGUACGUCUACCAGACCCCCAAUUCCACCGGUUCCUCCUCGACCGGUAGCACCAGCAGCAAGGAGACAUCCUCCGGCGUCAACGCCCUUCACCACGCAGAGCCACUUUCUCCUACCGUGGCCCCCGCGCAGACUGAGCCCAGCAAGAAGAGAUUGAGCCGUUUCGCCUCCAUGCCCGGCUUUGGAUCAUCAAGCAAGCAGAGCCCGACUCAGGACUGGCGGACAAGUAAUGUCACUGUCGACGAGGUCCGACGGUAG